AGCUGGUCAUGUGGUAAAACAAGAUGGCGUCUCUAUCCUGAUGGAUCAUGCAUUGUGAUCGAGAAAGAUCUGAUUGCUUCAACAAGGUCUGGUGAAUGACGUGAAGCUGGAAGUCAGCAUAUCUUCAAUGCCGUUGCAGUGAGAGGCUUUGUCCACACACACGCACGCACACACAUCACAGGAAUUGCAGCAAUAAUGGCUCUAACUGUUUUUGAUAAUGACGAAUACAGACCUUCUGUGUGGAAAUCAUACUUGUACCAGUUACAGCAGGAAGCACCCCAUCCUAGACGGAUCACAUGCACCUGUGAGGUAGAAAACCGCCCCAAAUACUAUGGAAGAGAGUAUCAUGGUAUGAUUUCAAGAGAAGAAGCUGAUCAGUUGCUCAGUGUUGCAGAAGGCGGUUACCUCAUUCGGGAAAGCCAGCGACAGCCUGGAACCUACACAUUAGCGUUACGAUUUGGAAACCAAACAAGAAAUUUCCGCCUCUACUACGAUGGCAAACAUUUUGUUGGGGAAAAGCGAUUCGAGUCCAUCCACGACCUGGUGACUGAUGGGCUGAUCACUCUCUACAUAGAAACCAAGGCAGCGGAGUACAUUGCAAAGAUGACAAUCAAUCCGAUUUAUGAGCACAUCGGAUACACGACGUUAAACCGAGAGCCAGCGCUCAAGAAGCACGUGCCAGUCCUUAAAGAAGCACCAGACGGGAAAGAAGCGCUGGCAGAAGAUGCAGACCUGGAGGAGAGGCUGACUUCGCUGGUUAGGAGAGCAACGCUGAAGGAGAACGAGCGAACUCCCAAAUAUGAAAAACAGUCCCACAUUUAAAGUCCAUUCGUUCACACGUUUAGGGGGCCUCACUGGUGUGAAUACUGUGCCAACUUCAUGUGGGGUCUCAUUGCUCAGGGAGUGAAAUGUGCAGACUGUGGUUUAAAUGUUCACAAGCAGUGUUCCAAGGUGGUUCCAAAUGACUGCAAGCCAGACCUGAAGCAUGUUAAAAAGGUCUACAGCUGUGACCUUACCACACUGGUAAAAGCCCACAACACAAAGCGGCCAAUGGUGGUAGACAUGUGCAUACGAGAAAUCGAGUCCAGAGGUCUGAAGUCGGAAGGGCUGUAUAGAGUAUCAGGGUUCAGUGACUUAAUAGAAGAUGUCAAGUUGGCAUUCGACAGAGAUGGCGAAAAGGCAGAUAUUUCUGUGAAUGUUUAUGAAGAUAUCAAUAUUAUCACUGGUGCACUUAAACUGUACUUCAGGGAUUUGCCCAUUCCCGUGAUCACAUAUGAUGCCUACCCGAGAUUUAUUGAAGCUGCAAAGCUCACAGACCCCGACGAGCAGCUCGAGGCCCUUCACGAAGCACUGAAGCUUUUGCCACCUGCACACUGUGAAACACUGAGGUAUCUCAUGGGGCACUUGAAGAGGGUGACUCUCAAUGAAAAGGACAGUCUCAUGAACGCUGAGAACCUGGGGAUUGUGUUUGGUCCCACCCUGAUGCGAGCGCCAGACCUGGAUGCAAUGGCAUCUCUCAAUGACAUUCGCUAUCAGAGACAGGUGGUGGAGUCCCUGAUAAACAAUGAGGACAUUUUGUUUUAAAAAAAAUAAUAAAAUAAAAUUUAAAAAAAAAAGUGUACUGAACUCAAUGGAUGAAGGAAAUAUUUUUUUGUUAAAUUCAGCUUUGAGGCUGAAAUGUUACAAAUGUUUUUUGGGUUUUUUUGCAUAGCGACUUGAAAAGGAAGGAACGUUUUUUAUUAUUGUAAUUUCACACUCCAAUGGCCUGUAUAAGAGAGACCUUUUUCCCCUCGCCCCAUUACUGGGUGUGGGUUAUGUAUUUAAAGCUAACCUGUUGCAUGACUGACUCCCCAUUUUUGUCGGGGGUUGUUUUACAGAAAUGGACCAAACUUGGCGGAGUUUCUUUAUUUUGAAUAGGUGUAAUUCAGCAUGUGUUUAAGUAUGUGAAGUCUUAAAGGUUGUGACUUUGCUUUUCUAUUGUCCUGUGAAUGUAGUUCAUAUUGCAAUAUGGGCAAAUUUUGUGAAACACUAUAUCUGGAUGUUACAUAUUUACUGUAUUAAAUUCUUUUGCCCUG